GAUCAGAGUUUAGACAAAGACAGCCAGCGUGGUUGCGCUCAGUGCACUAUUUCACUAUACAGCCACCAUAUAGCACUUUCUCAUCAUGCUUUCUGUCCUCCGCGAGUGAGAUUUCAUUGAAACUUUUAUACUAGGGGCGUCAAGUCAGUCUGCAAAAUGUUCAUUGGUGGUCUCAGCUGGCAGACAACCCAAGAUGGGCUGAAGGAGUAUUUCAGCAAGUUCGGCGAAGUGAAGGAGUGCAUGGUGAUGCGGGAUCCGGUUACCAAGCGCUCGAGGGGCUUCGGAUUUGUCACCUUUGUGGACCAGCCUGGAGUGGAUAAAGUUUUGGCACAAACCAGACACGAACUGGACUCUAAAACUAUCGACCCGAAAGUGGCGUUCCCACGAAGGGCUCAGCCCAAGCCGGUCACUCGAACUAAGAAGAUCUUCGUCGGAGGCCUGUCAGUCAAUACCACCAUCGAAGACGUGAAGCAGUAUUUUGACCAGUUUGGGAAGGUGGACGACGCCAUGCUCAUGUUCGACAAGACAACCAACCGGCACAGAGGGUUCGGCUUUGUGACCUUCGAGAACGAAGACGUGGUAGAGAAGGUCUGCGAGAUCCACUUCCAUGAAAUCAACAACAAGAUGGUCGAGUGCAAGAAAGCUCAGCCAAAGGAAGUAAUGUCACCCACAGGGUCCACCAGAGGGCGCUCCCGGGUAGUCCCCUAUGGCAUGGAUGCCUUCAUGCUGGGGAUUGGCAUGCUGGGUAAGAUGGCAGCGCCAGUGUCCCAUCUUACAGUGCCAAGGCCACAAGGCUACCCAGGGUUCCAGGCUGCCACUUAUGCCAGUCGCACUUAUGCUGGCAUCACCCCCGGAUACACCUACCAGUUCCCUGAAUUCCAUUUAGAGAGGACCCCACUUCUGACAUCACCCCACCCUCCUGAGAUCACAGCCAUUCCUCUGACAGCGUAUGGACCAAUGGCAGCAGCAGCGGCGGCAGCGGCUGUGGUUAGAGGUACAGGCUCUGCUCCAUCUCGCUCAGCCGGCUUCCUGGGUGCCAGCAGCCCGGGGCCUAUGGCCGACUUGUACGGCGCAGCCAAUCAGGACUCCGGUGUCAGCAGUUACAUCAGCGCCGCCAGCCCCGGCACCCAGCGCCGGCUUUGGCCACAGCCUCGGGGGGCCACUGAUCGCCACAGCAUUCACAAACGGCUACCACUGAAAAGGUGAAGAGCUGCUCCUCCUCAUUGGUAACGCAAGCCAGCAACGUCUACAAUUCUACAUUUCUGUAAUUUCUGUGAAAUAUCUGAAGGGGGCAGCAUGGAUUAGGGGUUUGUGCCCGUGACUGGAAGGUUGUAGGUUUGAAUCCCAUAGCUGGGCAGAGUUUCUGUGUAAGUCCUGGGCCCUUGAUUAAGGGCCCCACUGCCUCAGGGGUGCAGGACGCUGGCUGGCCCUGCACUCUGAUCCCAAAACUACCUCUCAUCUGUAUAUCAUACGUGUUUUUUGUCUCUCGUGGAUGGCAGGAUGGGGUGAGUGAAAUACCACUAUUCUGUUCUUUGAUGGUAAAACAUGAUUGAUGUUUUGUGUGAUCAGGAGGGGGCACUGGAUGAGCAGGCAGGAGGGCCGGGCCCCCAAUCCUGCUACCCCGGCCGGACAACAUGCAACUGCCGCUGCCACCAACUCCUCCCACACACUGAAGACUGUUCACUUCCUGUUCUGUUCCCUCUACUUCCUGUCCGACUUCCUGUCUGAUUUUUCCCUUCUGUCAUUACGCUCCAGUAGAGUCCCCUUUUUAUAGGUUUAAUAGAUUCAGCAUAACUGAUAUUUUUUUAAUUAACUGCAUAGCAUCUUAAAAGAAAACGUUAAAGAACAAAAUGUACAAAAAAUUAGAAAAGGUGUUAAUGUUUCUUUGCCUAUUCUUUAUGGCAUUUUAAUUUAUUGUUAUUUGACCAUCUAAUAUUGGUUAACUGAACGUUUUGUCAGAGCCUGAAACCAUCACUGUAAUGAUACAGAGGGAGAGUGAACCAAAAUUAGCCUGAAUUAGCAUAAGAAUAACUGUUCUCUAGGUGAAUGGUACUUGUUGGGGGGUACUGAUUCUGCUUGUGUGGAGGUUUGACGCCUCUCUCUUAGGUUCUUAAUGGAUUUUAACAAGUUGAAAUGAUCUAAUCGAAAUCUUUUUUACAAAAAGGUGUGCGAAAAGGAUAAACAAGAAUGUAUAUUUUGGUUAGUUUUAAAGCAAAAGAACAACAUUUGUUAUAAUGAUCACAGUGGUGAAGAUAAUCAAGAACAUAUUUUAUGUAUUUGGUUUUAAACAAUGUUUUCCUCUGCUUGUAAAAUAUUGUAAAUAUAGCUUUGUCCUUCGAAUUUUACUUUUGUGGGGGGACGGCAAGGCAGGCUGGGAGUGGGGGGGGGGGGUACCUUUUCUGUGACCUGGAGAUGAUUGUAUAGUUGUGGAUGAAAACCUGAAGUGGUCAAGGUCAGCAUGUCCCCCAGGAGAAGGGAGGCCUGAAGCAGGAGCCUCUCUGUCCUCCUGACGGGACAUUUCUAAAGAAACUUUCAUAAAACUCCCAUUUCCAUCUUGCUGAUAUCUCCUGCUUUCCACCAGAGCAAACUAGCCGAGGUUCAGCUCUCGCUACCACAGCUAGCCGAGGUUCAGCUCUCGUUAGCUCAGCUAGUUCUCACCACGUUCCACAGUGUCAGCUGCUUUGCCCACGGUUGAGCACAAACAGUUUGUAAGCAACAUUACAUGACGCCCUUUUGUGGUCAGAGUGUUGGGGGGUGAGGGGUGAGUGGUCUUUUCCUUUCAGAUCCUGCUGGAGAUCCCCAGCUAUGUUUGGUACUGAUUUGCACAAUUCAAGCUUAGGUCUCCUCAGUCCUGACGUGGACAAACGCAGAAGCAGCCUGCAGGCUGAGCAGACCGGGGAUUAUGGGGAGGAGAAGAUAUGUGGCACCCUUUGGCUUUGAAGGCGGAUCCUUUCAUAUGCAAAACAACGGAAGAGAGGUGGACCCAAAGUCCUGUGUGCUGUAGGUGUUUUGCAGAUUAUUGGUAGAUUCUGGGGAAGUCUGGGCUUUUAAUGUGGCGAUUGCUUCAGUUUGUAGCUACAUCCUAUAUCACUUUUGUUUCAUCCACUAUGAAUUCUUGUUAAUAAUGAUUGGUAAAUUUAAUAAAUAUGAAGGACAAACGUAAGGACUUCCGUGUAAAAGGAAAUCGGAGGGCGGGGGGAGCAGCUGCUGCUGCCGUGGGUCUCGACACAUCCAUCGCUCCACAUUCCGUAAUCAUUAAGAUUCCGAG